AUGAUAAUCACAACAUGGAUUGUGUACAUCCUUGCUCGGAAAGGUGCCAGGCUCCCCUUCCCACCCAAAGUCAGCUCGGAUGUGGAAGUUACGGAGAGCGAGGCUGUGUCUGUAGUACAGCACUGGCUGAAAAAGACUGAAGAAGAGGCUUCCCAGGACAUAAAGGAGAAGAUGUCCACCAACUUCCCUCCCACGCAAGGCCAAGAUGUACAUGUGACUAGAGACGUGGUGAAGCACCACCUCUCAAAGUCUGGUUUGUUAGCAAACCAGAGUCAAGAGGUCCUGGAGGAGAGAACAAGAAUCCAGUUCAUAAGAUGGAGCCAUACCCGUAUCUUCCAAGUGCCGAGUGAGGCAAGAAACGAAGCCAUGCGAGAUCGGAUAGAGCAGGUGAGACGAAGCAUAUGCCAUCUUUCAGAUGAGAUCUCUCAGGAGCUUCACAACAGAAAUAGCUACUCCGAAUGCUAA